AAAGCCUUUCUCGCAUUGAUCAUCAUCACAAAACCAUAAACCUCAUCACAAAUAAAAUUUCUAAAGGAUUUAUCUAAGUUAUCAAACAAGAUAUGGAAGGUUUGAUUCCGUUUUUGUACAAAGCCAUUGUUAUGUAUAAAAGAGAAGGAAGCUUUUCGUCGGUUUUGCUCAGCGAUCAUCACUCUCCUUCUAACUCUGGUUAUUACAUGAGACUUCCAGGCGACUCCUCCGGUAGGUUUCGAACGUCCGAUCGCAGGAGAUUUGGGACAGACCGUCUUGGAUUGCUUGGAACAACGCCUUCGUCGCCAUCUCGUGUUUUCACUAUGAACAUCAUCAACAAACGUACGUAAGGAAUUAAUGAUGAUCGAUGAUUCGAUAUACGUAAAGAUAAAGAAGAUUGUGAUAAUUGUAUAUUAAGUAUUGUUAUAUAAUAUGUACUUAUAAGGUCCACCUUAAAUUAUUAUAUUUGCUAGUAAAACUAAGUUUUGUUAAAAUCAUCGAAAUUAUGGUAAAACUGUAAAUACAAGUGUCGUAAGGAUGUCCAUAAUUUUGAUGAUGAAAUUUAACAAAUAUGUAAUCUCUACUGGUUUCUGUUUUUUUUUUGAAUUUACGGUGGAUCGAUCAUGUAUGUACAAUUUGUUUAUGGUGGGUUUGUUAAUUGUGUGUAAAUUGUAAAGUCAAGUGUGUAAUCUUAUGGAUUUCUUUUAUCUUGCCAAAAGUCAUAUAUGAAUAUAUAGACAUUGGAUUUCUUGUCA